GGUUCCUUAAUGUGUUUACUUACAUAAGUUUUUGUUACAAAAUCGUUGUCCAAAGUUCUUCCAUCUGAUGAUUUUUAGUUAGAUAGCCCCUUUGGGUGGUUGCAUAAAAUAAAGAUGACGUACGGUGCCUGUUCAGACUGCAGUUGCAGGAAAUCAAGCAAUAAUGAUAAAAUUUCAAUCGUGGUGUACAUCUUUGUAUGUUUGUUUGGUAUCGGGUCGUGGCUUGCAGUUAAUGGCAUCUGGAUGGAAUUACCAAUUCUUGUAGAACAUGCACCGGAAAAAUGGAGUUUGCCCUCAUACCUCACUAUUAUCACAGAACUUGCAAAUAUAGGGCCUAUUUUGUACUUCGUUGGGCAUAAAUUUAAGCCGAAAAUUGUGCAUGAGAGGUCGGGUGUAUGUAUUAUCAUAUUUCUUGGAACUACAGCCUGCAUUUUGCUGGCAUUUCUUUGGGACAGGACAUCCUUUGUUUUUGAAGCAGAAAGAAGUACAUAUCUGAUAGUGUUGUCUUUUUUUGUAGCCUUGGUUGAUUGCACAUCAACAGUGACAUUUUUACCCUUUAUGGCCAUGCUUCCUGGAGUGUACAUGACCGCUUUAUUUACCGGCGAGAACUUGAGCUCACUAUUACCAAGCCUCUUUGCUCUAAUUCAGGGGAUAGACCACCGCACAAAAGUCUCUAAUACCAUUUGUGGUCAAAAUAAUACAAUGUGCCACAAUGUCACCAUGACUGUCUUCACUGGCUUGAAUUUCCGUCCAAAGUAUUUUUUUGUUUUCCUUGCACUUAUGAUGCUAGUUUCAGGAGGUGCAUUCGUUGCUCUCAAUGUUUUGCCACAAGUGACUGUGCACCACGUCAUGAAAUUUCAGGAACUACAUAAUUCGGGCAAGAAGAACCUAAGAAAAUCAAUUAAUCAAGUUGUCUCUUAUGAAGAAGACAGACAAUCCUUGCUUGACAGCAAUUCAUUGUUAGCUCAGGAGCAUCAAAACUUCCCAUCAGAUUUAUCAUUAUCAUCCUUUCCAGGAAGCUCAGUUGAGCUGUCUGUUGCUACAAGUGUAUAUGAUGACCAAAAAGUAUUUAUUUACUUGCUGGUCUUGCAAGCAUGGAUCAACUGUAUCAGCAAUGGUGCAAUUUCACAGAUCCAAGCAUUUGCAUGUGAGCCAUAUGGCACUAUGGCCUACCACCUUGCUGUAACUCUGGCUGGCAUUGGAAGUGCAAUAACAUGCAUUGCUUAUGCUUGGUUACCAACAAAGUCUAUCAAGGUUAUAUCCUUCUGUUGCUUCCUGUAUACAGCACUUGCGGCAUACAUUAUAUUUUUGGCAGCUCAGAGUCCCAAUCCUGUUUUAAAAGGGACAAGCUCUGGAAGCACACUUGUGGUUCUUGCAUUUUUGCUAUCAGGCAUUUUUGUAAACUAUGCAAAGGUUGCAAUUUGUACAAUGUUCAGAGAAAAAGGUCACAAAGAGCUGUUUUGGUGUGGAGCAGCAAUACAAUUUGGUUCAUUUGUUGGGGCCAUUAUCAUGUUUCCUUUGGUGAAUGUUGCCAAAUUAUUCAAUCAGUAAAAUUACUGAUAUUUGAUCCCAUUCUUUUAAAAAGUAAUUUUUCCUAAAUUUAUAUCCAUGACUUUGAAAAAGUUAUUCAAGAAUGCAAUGUACAAAUACUAAGAUGUACAAUAAAUAAUUUUUAAAUGUUAUUUCUUCAGAGAAAAAU